AUGUUGGCACCCCCGGCCCCAGAGACCGAGGUCUCCAUGUCCCAGGCGGAGGCCGACCUGGCCCUGCGGCCCGCGCCGCCUCUCGCCGCGGCGGGGCCGCCCCGCCUCGGGCCCCCUCGCCGGGCGCGCCGCUUCUCCGGGAAGGCUGAGCCCCGGCCGCGCUCCUCCCGUCUCAGCCGCCGCAGCUCAGUCGACUUGGGGCUGCUGAGCUCUUGGUCCCAACCAACCUCACCGGUUCCGGAGCCUCCUGCUCCUCCGGACUCCGCUGGUUCCGGCCCCGCAAUGAGUCCACCGCCUAGCUCUGAAGAGCCCACUGAGGGCACGUGGACCGCGGGGGCCCCAGUGAAGUCCUCAGACUCCGAGCGUCCGGAACUCGUGGGCUCCGCAGGACGGUCGGGGUCCCGGGAACCGCCGAGGAUCACCGAGGCGGCGGCCCGGGAGCGGCGGCGGGAGCAGGAGGAAAAGGAGGACACGGAGACUCAGGCUGUGGCAACGUCCCCGGACGGCCGAUACCUCAAGUUUGACAUCGAGAUUGGACGUGGCUCGUUCAAGACGGUGUAUCGAGGGCUGGACACCGACACCACGGUGGAGGUGGCCUGGUGUGAGCUGCAGACUCGGAAACUGUCUCGAACGGAGCGGCAGCGAUUCUCGGAGGAGGUGGAGAUGCUCAAGGGACUGCAGCACCCCAACAUCGUCCGCUUCUACGACUCGUGGAAGUCGGUGCUGAGGGGCCAGGUUUGCAUCGUGCUGGUCACCGAACUCAUGACCUCGGGCACGCUCAAGACAUACCUGAGGCGGUUCCGCGAGAUGAAGCCGCGAGUCCUUCAGCGCUGGAGCCGCCAAAUCCUCCGGGGGCUCCAUUUCCUACACUCCCGGGUACCCCCCAUCCUGCACCGGGAUCUCAAGUGUGACAACGUCUUUAUCACGGGCCCUACAGGCUCCGUUAAGAUUGGGGACCUGGGCCUGGCCACGCUCAAACGCGCCUCCUUCGCCAAGAGCGUCAUCGGGACCCCGGAGUUCAUGGCCCCGGAGAUGUACGAGGAAAAAUACGAUGAGGCCGUGGACGUGUACGCGUUUGGCAUGUGCAUGCUGGAGAUGGCUACCUCGGAGUACCCUUACUCUGAGUGCCAGAAUGCCGCGCAAAUCUACCGCAAGGUCACUUCGGGCAGAAAGCCGAACAGCUUCUACAAGGUGAAGAUGCCCGAGGUGAAGGAGAUUAUUGAAGGCUGCAUCCGCACGGAUAAGAACGAGAGGUUCACCAUCCAGGACCUUCUGGCUCACGCCUUCUUCCGCGAGGAGCGCGGCGUCCACGUGGAGCUGGCGGAGGAGGACGACGGAGAGAAGCCGGACCUCAAGCUCUGGCUGCGCAUGGAGGACGCGCGGAGAGGGGGGCGCCGCCGGGACAACCAGGCCAUUGAGUUCUUGUUCCAACUGGGCCGGGACGCAGCCGAGGAGGUGGCGCAGGAGAUGGUGGCCCUGGGCUUAGUGUGCGAAGCUGAUUACCAGCCAGUGGCCCGUGCAGUGCGUGAACGGGUUGCUGCCAUCCAGCGAAAGCGUGAGAAGCUGCGCAAAGCUAAGGAGUUGGAGGCCUUCCCCCCAGCGCCAGGGCCCCUACCAGCAGCUGUCCCCAUGACUCCUGCUCCCUCCAGUGUCUUCCCCCCUGAACCCGAAGAGCCAGAGGCAGACCAGCACCAGCCCUUCCUCUUCCGGCAUGCCAGCUACUCAUCUACCACCUCGGAUUGCGAGACUGAUGGCUACCUCAGCUCCUCCGGCUUCCUGGAUGCCUCAGACCCUGCCCUUCAGCCCCCUAGGGGCGUGCCAUCCAGCCCCGCUGAGUCCCAUCUCUGCCUGCCCUCGGCUUUUGCCCUAUCCAUUCCACGUUCUGGCCCUGGCAAUGACUUUUCCCCUGGAGACAGCUAUGCCUCAGAUGCAGCAUCAGGCCUUAGUGACAUGGGAGAAGGGAUGGAACAGAUGAGGAGACCCCCAGGGAAAAAUCUCCGGCGCAGACCCCGAUCCCGGCUUCGGGUCACAAGUGUCUCAGACCAGAAUGACAGAGUGGUUGAGUGCCAGCUACAGACGCACAACAGCAAGAUGGUGACCUUCCGAUUUGAUCUGGAUGGGGACAGCCCGGAAGAGAUUGCAGCUGCCAUGGUGUAUAACGAGUUCAUUCUGCCCUCGGAGCGAGCUGGAUUCCUGAACCGGAUUCGGGAGAUUAUCCAGCGAGUGGAGACCCUGUUGAAGAGAGAUACUGGCCCUGUGGAGGCUGCUGAAGACCCCCUGCGCCCCCAGGAGGAGCCAGCACCAUUGCCUGCCCUCCCAGGGUACCCCCCAGACCCAUCCAGUGCAGAGUUCCAGAGCGGCACCCUAGAGCAGAGGAGCUGGGCAGACUUCUCCACCUCCCCAUCCUCUCCUGGAACCCCCUCAUCUCCUGGAAACCCCUUUUCUCCUGGACGCCCUGCUUUCCCAAGUCCCAUCUUCCCCAUCAUUUCUCCCCCAUGUCAUCCCAGCUCCUCCUCAUUCUCUCCAGUUUCUCCCCAGGUCUCCUCAAAUCUCUCUCCACACCCCCCCAGCUCCCCGCUUCCAUUCUCCCCCAGUGCAUCCCAGUUUCCAGUCCCAUCUGCUCAGUUUCCAUUGAAUUCUCUCCUCCCCAGUUGUUCCCAGGUUACUCUUGCUCCUCCCUCCUUUCCCCCCCGUCCCUCUGCUUCUCCCCUGCCCUCCACCACAGCAGCCCCUCUGCUCUCUCUGGCUAGUGCGUUCUCACUGGCUGUGAUGACUGUGGCUCAGUCCCUGCUGUCCCCCUCCCCUGGGCUCCUUUCCCAGUCUCCUCCAGCUCCUCCUGGUCCCCUGCCCAGCCUGCCCCCUCCAGCUCCCCUUGCUCCUUGUGGCCAAGAGAGGCCUUCACCUCUGACAGCUGAGAUGGAGAGUGAGGCCUCUCCAAAUCUCGGUUGGCCACUCCUGGGUGAAGCCAGACUGGCUCCCAUCUCUGAAGAGGGAAAGCCCCAGCUUGUUGGGCGCUUCCAAGUGACUUCAUCUAAGGAACCAGCUGAGCCUCUUCCCCUGCAACCGACAUGCCCCACUCUCUCUGGCUCCCUGAAACCUCCAACCCCUCAGCUGACCUCAGAGAGCUCAGACACGGAGGAUAGUGCUGGAGGCGGGCCAGAGGCCAGGGAGGCUCUGGCUGAAAGUGACCGUGCAGCCGAGGGCCUGGGGGCUGGAGCCGAAGAGGAAGGGGACGAUGGGAAGGAACCCCGAGUGGGGGGCAGCCCUCCACCCCUGAGCCAUCCCAGCCCAGUGUGGAUGAACUACUCCUACAGCAGCCUGUGUCUGAGCAGUGAGGAAUCAGAGAGCAGUGGGGAGGAUGAGGAAUUCUGGGCUGAGCUGCAGAGUCUUCGGCAGAAGCACUUGUCAGAGGUGGAGGCACUACAGACACUACAGAAACAGGAAAUUGAGGACUUAUACAGCAGGCUCGGGAAGCAGCCCCCGCCGGGUAUCGUGGCCCCUGCUGCUAUGCUGUCUAGCCGCCAGCGCCGCCUCUCCAAGGGCAGCUUCCCCACCUCCCGGCGCAAUAGCUUGCAGCGCUCUGAGCCCCUGGGCCCUGGCAUCAUGCGAAGGAACUCCCUGAGUGGCAGCAGCACCGGCUCCCAGGAGCAGCGGGCGAGCAAGGGGGUGACAUUCGCCAGGGAUGUUGGCAGGAUGGUGAGGGCGGGCCCAAGGGAGGGAGAGCCCAGGGAAUGAUAACUGGCUGCAGCUUCAUCCUCCUCCCACCCUGGAGGUUUCUUCAGUACUUUUUCUUUUCCCUCCAGUGAAUUCCGAACAGAAGCCAUGUGUCUCAUCCACACCAGGGCCCACCGUGGAGCUUGUGCUCUCAGAAUCUGCUGACCAGCACAACUCUGCAAAGAAGACCUCAACACUGAGGGAGUAGGAGGCCCCAGGGGCAUGGAGAGUGCCGUUCCAUUAUAGGGAAGAGCCAAACAUGUGGGAACUGUUUGCUGUGUGUAGAAGGCAUAAAUUCUGCAGCCUACCAUCCUCAUCCCUGCCACCUCUCCAGCCAAGAGUGAACCACUAAGCAGUCCCACCCAAGCCCGGAUGCUUCUAGAAGGCACACUCCCAGCUGGGCAGGAGGAGGGGGUGUUCUCACACCAGAAUUAGUAGCAGCCAAUAAAAAUGCUGGAACCUAAAACCUGGUGAAUUUUUAUGUCGGGCCUUAGGAACUGGGGGCAAAGCUUUAAGGGGUAAGGCAGGGGAGGAUUUACAAGGAAUUCCUGUUUCACAACGGGAGGCAAGGGUGGAGCCCAGCCUUCUGGCUUCCUGCCAGCAGUUCAUGAGGAAACUGCAAGGUCAAUAAUGCACCUGAUCAAGCUAAGAGUCCACCCAGACUCUACCUUAGGCCUACACAAGCAGGCCCCAGUGGAAGUUAAAAGAAUG